AAAAUUCCUUUCUGUCCACAUUCCAUAAUAACAUGCAUUGUGAACAUUAAAAAUAAAAAUAUCUCAUAUUAUAAUCUGAUUUCUUAUAUCCUCUAUUAGUUCAAUAUAACUAGAACAAAAUGCCUAAAGCGAAGAAGAAAUUUAUAGACAAAAAGAAGUCUGUGACAUUCAAUUUGGUGCAUAGAUCGCAGAGAGAUCCUCUUGUAGCAGACGAGACCGCCCCGCAACGAGUACUAGUGCCUGUAAACGCCAAUAUACCACAGAGAAAAGAAAAGGAACCAGAAUUAACUCCAGAACAACGGCGAGAGGAACAACAGAAAUAUGGCAUCUACUUUGAUGAUGAUUACAACUACCUACAACAUCUUAAGGACACCCAAGAGGUCACAAUGGUCAUGCAGCCAAAAGCAUCCCAUAAGAGAAAAGAGAAAACCUUGAACACGGAAGAAAAUGAGAAGUUGGAGAAAGAAAUAACAGAUAAUAUAAAAUUACCUAGUUCAGUAUUUGCAUCGGAAGUAGAGGAAGAUGUGGGAUUACUAAACAAGGCUGCAACUCAAGGUCUAUGUCUGAACCUCGAUCCUGAAGUGGUAGCUGCUCUAGACGAAGAUUUUGAUUUCGAUGAUCCUAACAAUGAACUGGAGGACAACUUUAUCGAGUUGGCUAUGGGUGAAGGAUCUGGUGAUGAGGAAGACGAAAAUAGUGAUAGCAUGUCGGACGAUGAUAAUUCGGAGAAAGCUUUCGCUUCGGACCUGGAUUCCGAUGAUGAUGAUUCACAGGAAGGGAGACGUGGCCGGAUGCCGUCGUGGGAUGAGCACGCUAAAGAAGAGACGAAGUCCCGUUUCUCUCAAUACUCCAUGUCAUCCAGCGUUAUUCGUCGUAACCAGGGUCUGACGUUGCUCGACGACAGAUUCGAAAAGAUGUACGCCGACUAUGAUGACACGGAACUGGGAGCGCUAGAUUUGGAAGAGAUCGAAGGUUUCAUGCCUGAAACACACGAUAUGCUGCUUAGGGCGGCUGAGGACUUCGAGGAGUCGCGGAGACGGUACCACCUGGAUAAAGAGAAGGAGGUUGCCAGAAUGAAACACUUGCAAGAGAUUGAAGAGGAGUCCGAAGACGACCUGGUCACGAUGGAAGUGGAACCAAAAGAGAAAUGGGACUGUGAGACCAUACUGUCAACAUACUCCAACCUGUACAACCAUCCCAAACUCAUCGAGGAACCCAAGAAACCGAAAAAAAUCCAAAUAAAUGCAAAAUCCGGAUUGCCAAUGGAUACACUGGGCAAAGACAAUAAGCUGACUAUCAAAUCAUUAGCCAAAUUCAACGCUAUGAAUGAGAAUGACAGUGACGAAUCUGACGACGAGGGGAAGACACACGCGGAAUCAGUGUUGUCGACUUUAAGUGUACUAUCCAUAAGACCUAAAGAUGAAUCUGCAGAAGAGAAAAAAGAAAGAAAACGCCUUCUCAAAGAGUAUAGAAAAGAGAGAAGAAUAGAGAAGAAGGCGAACAAGGAAGCGUUUAAAGAAGAAAAGAAACGGCAAGAGAAGAUUAUGUUAAACAAUAGAAAUAAUAUUCAGGGGAAUAAAAUAUGUUAAAGA